AUGCAGAACACAACAGCUCAUAAGGUCUUUCACUUAAAAAAUGGCUUACGCCAGACUGUAACAAAUCUGUUAAAUCGCCAUUGCUGGCAGAUUAUUAAAUUAAUUAAUGGCCCAGUGAAACCUUAUUUUGGCCCUACAUGCUCGGAAAGAAUAGUAAGAUACCACUGCAAUUAUGGUUUGGAUGUGGCAAAUAAAACAUCACAGACGGACAAGCUAAGAAGGAUGGAUCUGAAGCUGAAAGAAGAUAAAGUUCCUGUAUUUCAGCCAAAACAUGCUGUGAUACUAACAAAAAUGACAAGAUAUGAGUAUGAGAGAAAGAUCUGUCAUGGAAUGUCUGACACAGAGUUUAGAGAAUACCUUGAUUCCAAAGAUUCUGAUUACCUGGGACUUCUAGAGCGUCACAGAAACCAUUACGCUGCCUUGGAAAUUGUACAAAAAGAACUUAUUAAAGCUAAUAUUGAGACCAGGAUAGUCCACCGGUUUGAUCUGAACCAAAGUGUUGUGGACUGGGCAGAUGUUGUCUUCACUGCAGGUGGGGAUGGCACCUACCUGCUAGCAGCGAAUAAGUUUAUCAACACGAGCAAGCCUCUGAUUGGAAUCAACACAGAUCCAGAAAGAUCAGAAGGGCACCUGUGCCUGCCAAAGAAUGAUUAUGCUGCUCCUAAAUUUGGCAAUGCAUUGAAAAGACUGUUAGCUGGAGAAUUUGGGUGGAAAUGGAGACAGCGUAUUGAGGUAACUAUGUCAGGGCGGCACAUCAAUGAUGACCCCGUGGAACUUCAUGACCAGCAGCUGAUUUUCCCAGAGCACCGUUUCACAGAACAUAUAGCAGAGGAUGAGGAGGUUCGGCUUCUUCGGCAGAGUGCACCAGAGAAGAUGCAGUUUCCUUCCAGAAAACUGCCCUGCUUGGCUCUGAAUGAAGUAUUUGUCGGGGAGUCUCUGUCUGCAAGAGUUUCAUAUUAUGAAAUCACUACAGACACCACCCCCAAGGAGAAACAGAAGAGCUCCGGUGUGACCAUCUGCACAGGGACCGGAUCUAGUUCCUGGCACUUUCACAUCAACCAGCUGUCCCUUGAUUCUGUGGAGAAGAUACUUGACAUUGCCAAUCAGGUAUCUGGCAGCAGUUUCCCGGUUCGUGAUAAAGAAAUGACAGAAAAAGUCAUGGACACUUUCAAUAAAACGUUACGCUUCGACCCCAGUGAUCCGCUUAUGGCUUACACAAUCCGUGACCCUGUCAGAAAUGCUGUCUACAAAGCAGAGCACACUGGUGGAUUUUCCAAAAAGUUGACCAUCCGUUCCAGAAUGUGGGACGCUUGUCUCGUGAUUGACGGAGGAAUGUCUUUCAAAUUUAAUGACGGAGCAAUUGCUACCUUUCAAAUUGCAGAGAAUAAUGCACUUCGAACAGUCACCUUUGACUGA